AUGGUAGAACAUGUGGGAACUCUCGGUACACGUGAUGGCUCUGGCAUGGCUCUUAGAGGUGCAUGUUCGCGUGGGCUUAGUGACAUCAUUAUUUUUGAAGAGACUCGUCUCGGUUUGGAUAAAACUCCUCAAUUUGAAGCUGCUCUUGCAACUACUCGAUCCUCACAUCAGAAAUCUGGCAAUCAACUCUGUAAGAAUUGUAAUCAAAUUGGUCAUGCUUUUGCAUAUUGUCCUACCAUAAAAUGCAGAUAUUGUCAUGGUUACGGUCAUAUUCUUGAACAUUGUCCCACACGCCCUCCAAGAUCAAAAGGAGGGCAUUCUAAAUUCAAGAAUGUCUCAAAGCCUGGAUCUUCCUCUGUCACUGCUGUUGCUGCUACUGAGGGCUCUACUGCCAUCACCAUGAGUGAUCUUGAGGCACUAUUCAAACAGGUUAUCUCUUCUAAUUCUCCUGCUGCCAUGUCUGCCACUCCGGGUACAGGAUCCACAAACGGGACAGAUUCUUGGGGAGGGUCGCAGAGUGGGUCGAUUAUUUGAGCUUACAUCUUUACAUCUUCCUCAGAGAUUUGUGUCUGCAGCUACAAUCCCUAAUUCCUCCAUUCACCAAUGGCAUCUUCGUCUUGGUCAUGCUUCUACCAGUAAAAUUCAACCUUUAAUUUCUCGUGGAUUAUUAGGAUCUACUAAGUUUGAGUCAUUUAAUUGUUUAAAUUGUCAGCUUGCAAAACAACCUGCAUUAUCUUUUUCCCAUAAUAAUACUACUUCAGACACUCCUUUUGGUUUAAUUCAUUCUGACAUUUGGGGUCCUUCUCCUAUUUCUUCAAUAAAUGGUUUUCGUUAUUUUGUAAUAUUUAUUGAUGAUUAUUCUCGGUUUACUUGGAUAUAUUUUUUGAAACAUCGAUCUGAGUUAUCACAAAUUUACA